AUGUUUCCCUUGUCAGUUGAACUGAAUCGAUUAACAACGUUUAUAGAAUGGUGUCUCGAAGAAGAACAAUUAGAAGAUGUACAGGGCGAGGAUGUGUUUUACGACUGCGAGCAAACACUCAUCCCUGAAAUCUCUUCAGGGACCAAAGCUGAGCGAGACGAUGCCAAUGGCCCGAGUGCAGUACCACAAUCGCUGGAUCCAGCGCCUCUUACCGUGUCUACUAAUACCAGCACUUCUGGUGCGCGCUACCCUACUAAACCUCCUACAUAUGUGUCUGUGAAUAAAAACGCAUGGGCAUCUGGUGCCGCGUCGUCAGGCUCAUAUAGACUCCCUAUGCCAUUCGGGGUACUUAAAGAGAGGGUUGGGGAGUAUAUCAAAGCACUAGGGCCGAAUUGUGGGAACGUCAAUGACUUCUUGUUCGACAAGAUCAACUAUGACACGGGUGCAUUCAUACCGCAUCCAAAGAAACAGUCUGAACAAUGGCUGCAUAUCUGGGGAAGUCCAGCUCAAGUAGCGGCUGCGAAGAGCGCCCUUAUGCGCCUACUCAACCGCUGCUCCGAUAUUGGACCCUCGAAGAAGAAAAAAGGAAUUUUUGCUAAAAUUUCUAGUUACUCCCAAGUCAAGGAGGCACGCCUUGACCAAAUUGAUAAAUCCAGUACUGUUAUUGAACUGCUUCGUCAGAAACCAAGCUCGGCCUUUGAAUUCCUAGAAACUCUGCUCUUUUUAUGGCCAACAGACGAGGUACCAUUUGAUUUAUUAGGACCCCAGUUAGAGGCACUCGAUCCUAUUCGCCGGGAGACUGGUUGCUACAUUUACAUUUACGAUGAGCAGCCGUCCUUUAUAAGAGUCGAUGGCGAUGAUCACGACACCAUCGUAACGGCUGUGCACAGACUUCGGGCCAAAUGGGCCGAAAUCAUGGCAAAGAUUCAUAUGCAGUCGAAGCUUUAUCUUGUGCAAGCAGCUUCAUCAAACAUUCGAAACAAAGAGGUUGCAAUAGCCCGUGUAGCCCAUUCUGUAGGAGGAUUAGGGCAGGUGUAUGCCACUCCAGUGCUACAUGAGAUUCCUCUAACAUCAAUGGAUCCAGACUCUAUGCCAGACCGAGAUGUAGAUUCUCUUACCACUAAUGAAAGCCGUCUCCGUGAAACUGUUGAAGAAUCACUCCAGGGGCUUCGAUUUCUCCGCGGCCAUGUGCGUAUGCGGGUCAACUUUGGAACAUUCAUCCUUGAUGACUAUAGGGAACCCAAGAACUCAAGAGCUCGAUAUUCUUUUGAUGAAUUUAAAACAAUGUUGCUUAAUUCUAGGACUAGAGGGCAUCUCGUGCAAGGACUGAAAUAUACCCGUGGGGAUACCAGCCUCUUGGCCAAGUGCAGCUCUGCCACUCAUAUUUUAGCGCCCUUAAAUGGGCCUGCUUUGAAUUCUCAAAAGCAACCGGAACCGUUGUAUGCUGUUAUCUUCGAGUUCCAGGGCAGCAGCUCCCUUCUAAGGCUGGAAGUUGAAUUUGCAAAGUCCCCUUCUACCAAUCAUUUCGAGGUUUACCAAAAGCGUUGGAUCCGGCCACAGGGUGAUGAUAAUGUUGGAGGUACACGACCCCUUCUUCAAAUUGCCGUUAUUGACUUUGAAAGAGCAGACUGGCAAUUAGAAAUCAAAGCCCUUGAGUUCCAGGAGCCUUCGACAAUUGAACAGUCUCUAAGAGAGUUCUCUCACUCGGUACAUUUCCACCCCGAGAAAAUGCCUGAUUUGAGUGGUCCCGGGAAACAACGAGUAUCUUUCUCAAAUCUCGCCCCAGUCGCCCGGAUUGUCGAGAAGUCAGCGCUACGCUACCGGCUUAAGGGAACAAAUUACAUUUUCGAACUCGCCCGAUACGAUGAAUAUUCCCGUGCUCAAUUGACAGCUUCUCAGAUUCUUUUACAAGGGCCAAGUUCGAAUAACAUGUCACCAGUACCCAUAACGUCUUGGGGUGCAUCUAUUUUCGACCUUCAGUGGGAUAAUAUGCUGGGUCAGCAUGCAAAUUUUGGAGUUGGGCACAAUGCAGCAUGGAGUCCUAGUCUAAACACUUUCUUCCCUUGCUUUGGAGACGCUGACCCAUCUGAUCUUCGAAGUGGGUUUAACUCCUUGAUGCCUCUUAUCGACCAAGUGUCGACGCUACUCGGUCAAAAGUGUGAGGCUGAUUCUAAGGGUCAAGCUGCAGAACAGCAGAGAGAGGAGGUAGUAGAGGAGGGCAGCUCCGAGAGCUCCGCCUUCAGAGCUCAUUCAUUUACAUGA